CUUGCUACAGUACUUUGCAGUCAUCAUUGGACAUUGGACAGGAAAACACUCUUCUAUGCCUGAAGCCAAUUUGGGCCAGAAAGUCCAGCUGAUCACUCUUUUGGAAUUUCCAUACAGCAAUCUUUUCUUGACACUACUUCUUGACAAUGGGUGUAUUUAACGGAAAAUGAUGUCAGAAACCAUCCAUGAGGUUUGAUAUUUCGCGCUGUAAUUGUUUUCUACAGAGUGAUAUUUUGUGUUCACUUCAAAACAGAACAGUUCGUGAAGCAGUUACUUCGUGUGUAUUCACGAAAAUAGUGCACUGAAAGGAUCGUGAUCAAAUCGUGAAAUUGAACUGAGUUCUCAUGACAAUUAACUCACUGACUGUUGACACCAUGUCUGCUGUAGAUCUCUAUCAACCACCCCCGCCUUCAAAGCCCAGUUGCUUCAGCAUCGAGUCCCUGGUCUCGAAGCCGUCAAGUCCCCCAAAUCCUCCCCCUGCCCCCACCACAUCGUCGCCCGAGUCGGUGGGCUCACCGACGCCCUUUACCCCUAUCGUCAUCAGCAGACUUCACAAGCCAAGCCCGACAUCGGCAUCAGAGUCACCCUUCAUCAGCUCUUUCCCGCAUUCGAUUAAAGGACUGUACCCGUCUGAGCUGGGCUACCCGUCAGAAAGCGCCCCGGCAGCCCACCCUGGCUUUCCCGUACCGCAGCCGUUCGGUAUGCCGCCGCCACACGGCUUCCCAUCACCGCAUCACCCGUCAGCCCUGGCCGGGGUAUUCGGCUCACCGCCACGGCGAGAGCCGUUCGGACUGUACCCUUGGUUUCUGGCACGGAAUAGGUUAUUCGGACACAGAGGUUUUCCAGGUGGAGAUCUCGCGAACGGCGGUUUUUUCCUCCAACAUCCUUUCCGCAAACCGAAGAGAAUCCGAACGGCCUUCUCGCCGACCCAGCUUCUGCGUCUUGAGCAAGCCUUCGAGAAGAACCAUUACGUCGUAGGAGCCGAGAGAAAACAACUAGCUGCCAAUCUUAACCUCACUGAAACUCAGGUCAAAGUCUGGUUCCAAAAUCGGAGAACGAAAUACAAGCGAAUCAAGACGGAAGAAGAAGGGGAACAAGACUCCAAGAAGAAAGGGUCUCAUCACGUGAGUAGGUGGCGGAUGGAGACACAGCAAAACUCGUUAUGAUAGUCUGACACUAAAACUCCGAUUGUGACACAUUUUUGGCGGGAGGAUUUUGUGAGCCAAUGGAAAGUGGAACCUGACUGAACUCUAGCAGUUGAACUCUACCACCAUCAAGCAACCACCAGGCAUACAUGAUCAGAAACUAAAGCGACUCGCAUCACGAGACCGAGUUUGCAACGAUUUCGGGGACAGUUUUUGUCAGAGGUUGAGAAAUGUGGAAGAAAGACAACAACAGAAACUCCUACGGCAUGGCCCGAAGUUCGUAUUGGUACCAUCGUCGAUUGCAAAGAGGCUAUUCAUUGAGCUUAUUGUCAAGCUUUCUGAUGGGGGAAAUCAUGGAGAAUUUUAACUUUAACCUGGGCUCUUGUUUAUUAUAAUUUCGAAGCCCCCCUACCCUUAACAGUAAAUGACUCAUUCAUUUAGCAGUUGUGCCGUAAAUAGCAGCCAGUGGGAACGGGGCUGUUAGUCUCUUUACACGGGCAGGCUGAAGUGCAAUGGACCGCUAAUAAACGAUGCUCCCGUGCAGGCGAUGAUCGCCGUGUGCCUAUGGACCUUUAAGUCCACCAGCAUUGGUUUUUGUUUGAUGAUUCAAACAUUUUGGAGGGGAAAAAUUGCCGAGUUAAGAAAUUUGUGAUAUAUAUUUAUAUAUGAACUCUAAAAUCUCCUUCGAUUUUGGGAAAUAUACGUGUAUAAUGUUAAUGUAUAAAGACUAUUAUUAAACCGUAAACAAAUUUAUAAAUAAAUAAAUUGGUACGAGAAAAGACUUUUGAAUUAAACGUUUAAGUUCUCGGAAGGAUAGGAUAAAAGAUUCACUGACCCUUUGACAUUUUCUACCAGAUAUUCACAUCGUACUGUUCUUGUUAUAAGCGCAAACCAAAAGUAUAUUUAUUUAUUUAUUUGUGUUUGACUUCGGAAAUGGGCCGGCCAGUUUCCUGAAACCUUAAUCCGUGAAAAGUAAAAUAAUAUGAAGUGUGGGGUGAUAAUAAUAUUUGUCAUUUUGUGCACAACUAUUUAGUGAAACAAUGUGAUUAUAUAUUUUUAAAUGUCAUGUGUCAAUAUUUUCUAUGGAACAAAUAUGGGACCUAUAGUUAAAUGUCGCUUGCCGAUUUAAAAUUGUCUUAAUUGGAAAGUAGUUGUUUACAAGGUUAUAUAUAAGGGUAAUGUUUUUUAUCCGAAACACUGUGAUGUCAAGAGGGUCUGUAUAAAACACUGGUAAACAUUUUAUUGUUCAUGUAUGUACUUCAUCGGACACCAUUCUUUAUAAGUUUCGUUUACUUAAAUGCAUCACUCGGAAUAUUGGCCCACAUCAAUUCGCAUCUAAACAUUUUACUUAAUAUUAAACAUAAACAAUUGGGGUUGCGAGCAGCUGCUCCACUAAUACGUUCAUGCUGCCAGUUUAAGAGAAUAUGAGUUAAGUUUUUUAAGUUUGAGUGGUGCACAAACAUUUGUCGUCAACUUGUCCACAAUGUUUUGGGAGGGUAAGGGGUUCAAACAUUGAUAAGGGAAAACCAAAUACACAAGAGUACAAAACAGUGUAAAAUAAGCACCUGACAUUUCGUCAUGUGACCCUUUUUCUGUCAGGAUUUUCUGUCAGGAAACUGAAAAAAAAUUACCAUAUAAGCCACUGCUAAAAAAUAAGAUAAAUAUUAAGGAAGUGACACUACUUUCAUGCUGUAUCCUUUAUUUUGUUUAAAACUGCAUCUUCAAACUCAUUUGUCAGCAAGCACACGGGUCCAAGUUAAGAGAGCUUACGAUCAAACAAUUUGCUUUUUACAAAUUUGUUUUGUUUUCCACGCACAAUGCAACAACUUUAAACCUUUCUGUAUCUCACCCUCUGUGAUGAGAUUGUUUCUGGUAAUCUCGAAUUCCUCGCGAUGUAUCGGCAAAUAUUUUUUUGAGCUCUUUACAACUGGCCCUAAGUUGAAGCGGGGCUAAGUUGAAAUGACUCACCCCCCCCCCCCCCCGAAAUAGUUGAAAGCCUUCUUACUUUACACAUAUUAGCUUUGACUGUUAUAGAUUUGUAAAAUGUAGCAUUUUAGCCAAAGAGGCGCAUCGGUCCAACGUAUUAAAAUAGAAUAUGAAUAACAGUUAACGAUAUGCUAGCUAUGUUAAUGUAACACAGUACUGAAGGUUGAAGCCAUUUAAUUUGAUUCAUGAUUUUACAUAUGUUCCUGCUGACAUCUGGGUACAAUGUCAUGGAGACGUUUAAACAUAUAUAGUUUGUAUACUCGGCGAAACUACUCUUCUGUACUAACCAUAUUUGAGUGCUUUGAUCUGUUGAAUGCAAAUCUGUUUAAUUUCAUCUUUGAGAGGGCAAGGUCUUUUUCAUUUUGUAACGGGCACGCUUCCAUUGGGAAAAGUCUAAAUAAUGAGAAUCUGUACGAGAAUCUGAAGGGCACCAUGGCCAAGUCAACAGAUACAGUGGCAAUUCCAGACCGUGUAAUUCCAGCAGCCGAUUUCACAAAGAGUUAGGACUCGUCUUAUCUCGAGUUAGGACGAGUAACUCUUCCUAACUUAGG